AUGAGUCUUGAAUUCAAUGUUAAGCAUGCCGGAAAGGUGUACCCUAUAAGUUUGGACCAGCAGGCCACAGGAUCUGAUCUGCUACUUAAGGUGGAAGAAGUUACCCAAGUACCUCAGACACGUCAGAAAUACAUGUUGAAGGGAGGACUGGGCGAAGACACAGUUUUGUCGAACGUUAUAAAAAAUGGCCAAUCGGUGAUGGUUUUGGGUACUCCAGAUGCGAAUUUGGUCACUAAACCCAAAAAGGAACAGAAAUUCGUGGAAGACUUGGACGAAGGUGCGCAAUUCCAGCAAUUGUCACAACUGCCGCCAGGUCUGAAAAAUUUGGGUAACACUUGCUACAUGAAUUCUACCCUUCAAGGUCUGUAUAACAUCGCACCACUUCGCGAACAGGUGCUGAGUUUUGACAAGCCAGCCGCGAAUGAUGAGAAUGCAGCACACGUUCGUCUUGUGGCAGAGCUUAAACGCUGUUUUCAGGCACUCAGAGACAAGAAGGAAGAGUCCGUAACUCCUAUGCUUCUCUUGGCGAUGCUGAGAAAUUGUUACCCACAAUUUGCGGAGCGUGACGACCAGUCUGGGUUCUUCAAACAACAAGAUGCGGAAGAAUUGUUUACUCAGAUCUUCAACUCUUUGCAAAUAGUUUUUGGAGAUCAACUCACCCAGAAAUUCCGCAUCAACUUUCAAACCACUAUCAAAGACACUGGCAAUGAACAAGACGUCACUGUGAAGAAUGACGACAAUGACAUGAAAUUACAGUGCCAUAUUUCGGGUACAACCAACUUUAUGAAAAGUGGCCUAUUAGAAUCUCUGAACGAAAAGAUCGAGAAAAGGUCCUCAGUUACUGACGUUAAUUCCGUUUUCUCUGUGGAGAAGAAAAUCACGAAACUUCCUGAGUAUCUCACGGUACAGUACGUGAGAUUUUUCUGGAAGAAGAGUACUAACAAGAAGUCUAAGAUUCUAAGGAAAGUCGUUUUUCCUUUUCAAUUGGACGUUAGCGAUUUGCUUGAGGCUAAGUACGCUCAGGAAAAGAUCAAGGUCAGAGAAGCACUUCGUGAAGUAGAAAAAGAGAAAAUUGAGGACGAUCGUGAAACGAAGAGGCGCAAGACGAAUGGCAGUGAUCAGGACGACGAAACAUCAAAAACAAUGACUCCAAGGGAAUUGGCAGAGACGCAAGUUGCUCUCGAGGAGAGCAAAAGGGAGAAAUGGAGACAAGAGUACAAGAAGAGAUUCCCCACUGACCUCGCACAGGGUGAAAACCCAUCUUGCGUUUACAAUUUGGUAGGUGUCAUUACUCACCAGGGUGCCAAUUCGGAAAGCGGCCACUACCAGUCUUUUAUUCGUGACGAAGACGAAGAUAAAUGGUACCGCUUCAACGACGACAAAGUAUCGGUCAUUCCCAAGGAAAGAAUAGAGGCUCUAGCCGGAGGCGGAGAAAGUGACAGCGCUUUGAUUUUGAUCUAUAAAGGCUUCGGCUUGUAA